AUGCCUCGCGAAAUGCUGCAAUACAAGUCGGAGGACGACAAAAGCCCCGACCACCCAGAACGCAAACCAAUGCAAAAGUUCAAGAGCCUCGUUCGCUUCAUGGCGCCAAGCAGCCUCGUCAGGGAGUACAGCGGCCUCCUGGACGAUCUCGACUCCGACGCUAGCAACGGAUCGAGCGAGGAGACAGAACAAACGCCACCGAAAACACCACCAGAAGAACCCGAGCCGUCACCACCACCGCCGGCAAAAGAACAACCGCCACCGGCAGAAGAAAAACCUCCAUCGACAGAACAAAACCCACAACCUACAGAAGAAGAAGUGUCUCCAGGAGCGUCGGCGGGAGGGGGGAAAGCGGGGGGGGGCAAGGGUUUGAAGCUCACCUUGGAGCUAGAGGUCGAUGCGGCGAGCCUCUCCGGAGAUCUGGGGAAGUACGCCGGUACAUCAUGGAGACUGACUAGCCCGAGGGUCGAGGGAGGAGGAGUUCCUAUACAGACGCCGGGGCCGACCGAAGCCACGCCACCGCGCGAUCCGGCAGGGCCUUCGCACGGUGUGCCAGCGACAAAGGACCCGUACAAUGACAAUAGGGCACUCCAGAAGUCGCCGCAAUCAACGCAGCAGUCUACACCAACCAAGCCUCGUCCAGCGGAUCGCACGGACAAGCAGCUGGUGUCGUCUAACGUGAGGGAGACUACAACGACGACCGGAACGACUGCUACCACGACAACGACGCCCGGAGUCGCAUCCCCCACGGACGAACAAGCGAAGAAAUUGCUGCGGUGGUUUCGGAGUCACUUCGACCGCCGAGAGAUUGACUGCGACUUCAAGCUCCGGCACAAGAUUGCGAACGGCUACCUCGUCGGCGCAUGCCUGGCUCACUACCACCCGCGAAAGAUCGACAGCGUGGACUUCAACCGCGGCAACAGUCCCGCCAACAAGGCCGCCAACUGGGAGUUCGUGCAGAAGUUUCUUGGGAGAAGGAGCUAUUCCCUCCCCCACGAGGACGUGCGGUGUCUGUGUACGGUGCCGAUGCCGGCGGAGGAAGGGGUCGAGGCGGCUAGCCGGGUUCUCGCGGGGCUCUAUGCCUUCCUACUCGCGGACGGAUUGGUGCCCCCCCUGGCGGGGAUAGCCCCGGCGCAUCUCCGAGCCCCACCGGCAAGACGAAAAGUUCAAAUCUACAAACGCUUCACCGACCGCCGAAGGAGCGACAUGGAGGAGGAGGAGAUGAUGAGGAUGCUGGCUGCCACCGGCGCGAACGUUCCCGAAAACAGUGGUAGACGAGCGAGUGGUGUUGGUGGCGGGUGGAAGAGGUCGUCCUCCCUUCCAGCUGCAUCGAUCAGGAACGCCGAGGAGUUCCACGAAUCGAGGCGAACGGGCGGGGAGGGCAGAGGCAAGGCGGCAGCAAAAGACGCCCGCGGAAAGGAAGAACCGGGCAAACGGUCGCGGAGCUACGCCCCUGGGGAAGCGUUCUCCAACGCGGACCCAGCAAAGCGGGAAGGCAGAGCCCUCGGCAACGUUGAAGGGGGGCGAAGAAGAGCAAGCCCUGACAGCGAUCUCGUGGACAGAGGUGGCGGUGUGGAAGGCGCUGGCGGAAGGGGCGGUGGUGGCCGGAGGGCGAUGCCACGAGACACCAGAGGUUUCGGCAACGUGAGAGACGGAGGGGAAGGGCUGGUACGGCGGGCGGUCAAGGUGGGCCCAAGGCGGCUGGGGAGGGCGCCUGGAUACCAGGAGAGCGACGGUUCAUCGAGCUACGAAGGGCGGCACCGUCCGGCAAGGAGUCGUCGAAGGGGCUUCGGAUUCGCCAGCGAUGACGACGAUGACCGUGGAAACCGCCGUCGUCAUAGAGUAGUCAGAGGAGUGAACUUCGAAACGACCGCACCGGGUGGCCAGAGCGACCCCUCGGUUGGGGGGGAAGAAAGAGAGUACCACAGGAGGCGGCGGCGGCGGCGGCGACGGCCGCGGCAGCAGCGGCGAGAUGGCAGGCUAGACGAUGAGCAUUUCCGGCACCACCGAGCCGAGCGAUUCGGAGACGGCCAAGUAUUCGAUGGGGAUGCUAGGGGCGCCCGUCAUCAAGCAAUGGCACUGAGAGAUGUCAGCGAUCAGGGGUCUAGUUUUGAAGAAGGCGAUACGAGCCCCCGCCGUCGGCAACCCAGAAGAGCGGCGGCGGAAUCAAACCGGUCAAGAACAUCUCCCUUGUGGAGAGAGAGAAGCACAGAGAUCGACGAGAAGGGGGGCGUGGCACGACACCGCGCGAGGAGCGGCGGCAACAGCAACGACAGGCGCGACAACAACAACGGCGAAGGAGCAGACGCCUACUUUGGGCGUGCAGCGUACGCUACUGCUGCUUCUGCGGCGGCUCCCGUCGGAGCGGCUAGCCGUAGCCGCCACGGCCAGGCGAGGGACUUCGGUUACAGAGAAGACGGCCACGACGACCGCCGGCGUGGGGGGGGCAGAGACCGUCAAGGCAACAACAACGACUACGACUACAACGAAGAGGGCGCAGCGUUCUCGACCCCGUUCGCAACCCCGAGACGACGGGCACCCCAACCCGCCGCGGCCACCACCGCCCAACCCCCGAAGCAGUCCUUCGGGACCUGGCCAGGGGGCCGCCGCGGCGGCGGCGGCGGCGGUGGCGGUGGCGGCGGGCAUGCCGAAGGCCACGGCGGCGGUGGAUACGACUACCCGUCCUUCCCCCCUUCGGCACUGCCGGAAGGAAGGAGAAGGCGCCCUCGCGACGGCCCUGCCGCUGCCCCCGCACCGGCCACCCCGAGGAACGACAAGCCGCGAAGUUACGGCGGCGGUCAGAGGGCGAUAGGGGGACUCGCAAGAGAGGAGGAAGCCGGGGUUGUGCGAAUGAGCAGGAGGAGAGACAACGCCGAUAUCGAAGGCGAAGGCCGGCAAAGGCACCCGGGGGGAGCCGGCGGCGUUGGGGCGGGCGGCGGUGGUGGCACUAGCGGGGGUAGAGAUAGAAGUAGAAGCUGGGCAAGAGAGGGUACGCAGAGAGGGAAAGACUGGCCGGCAGCCGAAGCUACUGGGGGGCGGCGAGGCAACGGGCGUGGUGGUGGUGAUGGUGAUGGUGGUGGUGGUGGUGGUGCACAUACGCGCCCGCCAGAUCAACAUCGCUCAUUGUCCACCAACACGGGACCCGGGGGCGCCGACGGUCUCGUGCCGAGCCACCCUCGGAGACGACGGGAGCGAGCAGAUGGCGACGGAUACGGCUUGAAGAGCAGCUCGGGCGCCGGCGCUGUUGCCGGGCGUGUGGCCCCGUUACCGACGAAGAGCACGCGAGCGGCUCGAAACCGGUCGCCGGUCAACAGCAGCGCACCCCUCGGGAAAAUGUCCGGCUUCGGACAGGGGGACGGGGGCUGGAGCGAGAGGGUCGAGGGCAGGCGGCAGAGGCAGCUCGAGCAGCGAGGCCGGCUGGCGAGGUCGAUGGUGGCAGAGGUCAACGGCGACUCGGGCAGGAUAGAGCCCUUGUCGGCGGCCCCGCCUGCGGCAGGUCACCACCACCACCAGGCCGUUUCCCCUCCUCGGCUUCGACGUCUCGUUCAAUCCGAGGUGCCGUGUACCCUUCAGCCGCCCGCCAGAUCGCCACUGCGCGGCAGCAGCCCGGAACCACAACCGGCCGCCCCGAAGGCAAUCGCUCGAAACAAGGCCGAGUCUCGGAGCCCAGUGUAUCAAGCGAUGAACCAAGCGCAAAGGCAGCAUCAGCGUCCGUCACUGCUGCCAGCAAAUGGUACUACGAAUCGGGCGGGCUUCAACUCGUACGCUGAUGACGGGGCUACAGGCGUAGCGGUUGGCGUAAACUGGGGCUAG